ACUGCAGAAGGAGCUCCACUGAUGUCUGAGCUUCUCAGUGAUGUGCCAUUCACUUUGGCUCCCCAUGUUCUUGCAAUACAGACAAGUUUUACUGAUAUUCCCGAUGCACUAGUUUCUGGGGACAUAAAUGAUAAUUUAGCUAGUUUUCGAUAUGAUUUUUGUUUGGAAAACUCUGUUCUUUGUGAUUCCUAA